UUCAUUUCACUCUGCCUACUGUGGUCACAGGCGUUUUGAAGGAUGACUGCAGCUAUGUCAAAAGACAGCUUCCCUUCAGCAGGCAGGUAUAUGAAGUUAAUUGGGAGGAAGGUCCAUUUACCAGAGCUUCUCAGCAGCUGCCCUAAUGAGAUUGGACUGAUGGCUGACAAACCGAAGAAGAACAAAAAGAAGCUGCAAGCACAAUCGAGGCUAUCAAGCUUGGAAACCGAUUCCAUGUCGCCUGAGAUUCAGCAGAAAGAGAAGGCUCUGCACCUCACCAGAUCACUAGCAUUUGAUUUGCCAAGUUCAAAAAAUGAAGAUGAGCCAUAUACUGGAAGACAACGAUCCUCCUCUGCUUCUGUUGUCAAGUUAAAUGCCACAUUUUACAAACAAUUUAAAGACUUGAAUGAGAAUGUGAUUGACAGUUUCAAGUGUGCUUUGCAUAAGGAAGUCCCAUACCAUGGCAAGAUGUAUGUGUCUGCCAACCAUAUCUGUUUCUACAGCAACAUAUUGAAAGAAAUAAAGCUCAUGGUUCCAGUCACAACAGUGAUUUCAUUGAAGAAACAAAACAUUGCCCUCCUUGUUCCCAAUGCCUUAUGUGUCAAGACAACAGAAGGAGAGAAGCAUCUGUUUGGAUCAUUACGGUCAAGGGAUGUGACAUUUAAAGUUCUGAAGAGCGUCUGUACCCAUCUUGAGAAUGGAAGUCCCACUAAUAGCCCUCGGGUUUCAAUAAAUGAAAGUAGCUUUAGUACAGACUCCAAAAACUCUCAGGAGAAUCAGUCCAGCUUUGAACAAAAAUCCUCAGAUCUGAAUUCUAUUGAUUGUCCUGAUGCUUCCACAGAGCCAAUACCAAAUACAGAUGCUGCUAACACUACUGGGAAUGGUACUGUUCUUUGUAAGGACAACAAAGAACAGGAAGGUCAGCCUGAAGAAAGAACUUCAUGCUACAUUGGUAAUUCCUGGUUCCAGAAGGUGAUGAAAAGGAUGAAAUCAGUUGUUGCAUUUCAUGAAUCAACCACUUUUAACACACUCAUUAUCAUCUAUGUGCUGCUGGUACUACUGUUGCUGAUCUCUUCCAGUUACAUUGGCUUCAGAAUUGUGGCUCUAGAGGAGCAAUUAAUGUCAAUGGGGGCCUGGCCAGAGCUCCAUACCCACAACCAAUAUAGAAAAACAUGAAGCAUGAAGACUGACUGUGAGCAGCAUCAUCCACAUGUCCAAGGACUCUGAUCUGUUUGUUGACUCUACAACAGGAUCACGUUAUUUUCACUGGUUCACACAAAACCUUCAGGCACCAGGGGAUGAUGUGUUUUUGUUGACUUGUCAAAAAAAGAGUAAUAGUCUAAACUCUGUUUUUAGUCUGUUGCAAAUUCAAUGUUUUGGAGGUGCCCUCCUUAUAAAGAGGGGGGCACUUGUCAGAAAUUUGGUUAUUUUGUAGCAGGCCAGAUGUAAAAAUUUGAAAAUGGUACAAUGAUUUUAAGUUGUACUAGCCAGUAAACUCAGGAUUUAUCACUGAUUUGCUUUUCAGGAGAUCAGCUGCUAAUUGUAAGAUGAUCUAGUGAACUAACAAGCAUUGAAAGUAAGCUUGAAACUUUUGAUUGGAAACUACCAAUCAUCGUUUUGAAAAUUUCAUACUAUGAACCAUGUUUAGAUACCCUGUUGUAUGAAGAAACAGUCCAUGACAUGGCAUGAUCGGAUGGUUGUAGUACAAGGCAGACGGCAGUCUGAGCUACUUUUCAAGUUUAAACGUUAGGCAUUCUGAAAGUUGGUCUCUAAGAUAAAUGACUGCAGGAUGGUAUAAUUGGAAUUUGUGUAGGAUUAAUGAGAGCUGACUCCGUUUAUUCUGACUUGAUGUUGUUUUGACAGUAUAAUUUGUGCAAUACUCUAUCCCUGCAGUGUAUAAAAUGUUUUUUAAAAAAUGAAUAACUUAUAGCUGGAAGCAAAUGGCUGUGUAGGUGUAAACAAGAAACUGUUACAUUUUUUCCAACACAGGAAAGUGUAUAUGCAGUACUGUCUUCAUUCAGAAAUGUGAUCACAAAAAUAAAAAAAAGUCUUUGAGCUGAGCUUUAUGGUUUGUUUCUUUGAAACAGGCCAUUCUACAUUUUGUUUAUCUUUACACUGCAAUAUUAUACACUUAAGACCUACCCUGUAUUAAAUUUGCUAUUUAUGUUGAACACUCACUUGGACAUCAACAUUCUAUAGCAGCCACUCAGGCCUCACUUCUGCCAUGGGAUGGAGACUUAUAAACCCAACCACAUGCUUUGUUUCUUAAUACUAUUAUUUCCGCUCCUCUCUUUUUUUUGCCUUUUGUUCUGUUGUCAUUUUAUUUCUUCCUUCUUCCCCUUCCACUCUUGCCCUAACCCAAUCCUUCACUUUUCGCCACCACCUUUCCAUGUCAUCACAUUUAUACCUUCAUUCAAUUCUAACGCUGAGUCAAAUUCAGCUUGAGGCAUUAACUCUUACUGCUAGAACUGUUGGAUAUUUCUAGCAUUUUGUUAUUUCUGGUUUCCAGCAUCCACAGUAUUUUGGUUUUUUUUAAUAUACAUUUGUUCCUAAAAUGUAUCCACAAUACAUUCUCUUAUGGGUGAUAAUAUACAUAGGAGGUAAACCUUUACUUCCACUUUAGAGUGACAUAGACAUUGGGCUGCUACUUGUAGAAGCUAAGCAUUCUAACAUCCACACACUCCCAGUCACAAUGAGGACACAUUGGCUGUAAUUAUCUAAAUCAAAACAUUUUUACAACAGGAAAUCUAAAUCUAUAGUCAAACCCAAACCAGAAGCAGCAAUGAAAUCCAAACCCAAAGUAUAAGAACAACAAUAUGUGGAAUUAUACAGUGUGUUCAUCUUUACCUGAGACGAUUUGUUCUCAGUAGUAAGUCAUUUUCUAAUUAAUUAUUUUAUCUAACCUUUGCAAAAUGCAGUCUGAUUUGCUGUAUACUUUCAUCAUAAUUUAUUUUGCUUCUAUUUAUAACUCAUGGCAUGUAAAUAAUUGAGAGUUUAAUGAGCUCAGCAUAUUAUCUAUUGAAUUUAUUACAUUGUCAGGUGUAGUGGAUCUUUCAUUUUAAUUCUAAGCUAAAGAGACUUGCAUUUUGCAGCAUAUUGUAAUUAUUUGUAUAUUGAAAUGUUCAGAAUUGUACAAUCCUUUUAUUAUUUUGUACUUAUUUUAACAAGUGUCUAUAACCAUAUUGAGAUUGUUCAUUUUAUUUGUAUUUUCGUCACAAUUCGGCACACAUUGCCAUAAUUUUUUCUGUCUCUGUUUGUCUUUAUUUCAUAAAGACAAAGCAACCUGGCCUGGUGUUUAGGGGUCAGUGUCAAAGGAUAUGGUAGAUUUGAUUUCAUUCUGAUCAAAGAUGGUCAGAAUCAUCUGAACCUUUUGUGUGUAAUAGUCACACAGCUUACUCCCACGUGCCAUUUAAUCAUUUUAGUUUCUCCCAUGGACUAAUGAAGCAGGGAAAAUAUAUAGAACAGACGACUUUAGGAAGUGUCUCAACAUUAGUUUCUGUAAGAAGAAUAGUCCUGAUGUGCUGAUGUGACAUACUUUCAUUAGAAUUAUUUUAAAUGACAACUAUGUUCACAGCAUGCUUUCUCAAAUAGACCUAUGAUGUUUUAUCUCCAUUUUUGAGUUUGUAGAAAGACCAUGUUGUUUGUAUUUCUGAUUUGCCCUCUGUGCUAAAGGCAUAUGACAGGCAAUAAAUCUCUGCAGAAUGAUUUUUAAAACUAUUAAUUUACAAGCCAAAGAUUCAAAAGGAGGGGAAGUUUGAAGAACGCAACACAAAGUAGGAGUUGUGUUCGGGAAUAAUGGGGAACAAUUUCCCACUACAGAUCAGCAGUGAUGAGGUGACAUAAAGAAUACAGUUUGUGGAGGAUGAAUAUAUAAAUCUGACCUUAUCUGAGAAAUUACCCAGAUUCUCGUUAAAACAAUAAAGCAAUCUUCUCUCUCUUUCUGGACCAUUUUCACCAAUUUUCAUUGGCUAGAAAGAUGCAGAUAACAUAAGAAAACUGUCUCUUUACUUGAUUUCAAAUUAUUAAUGCUACACCAAUUCUGUACUCUCAACAUGUCUCAGGAAAGUUAUUGGAAUGAUCAAGAAAAUGUGAAUAUUUAAAAAUAGUUGUUUUCCCAAAGUGAAACUUGUCCAUUAUAUUUGUGUUUAUGUUAGUAAGAGUACAUUAUCCCUAUUUUAAUACAAUUGAGUAAUAAGAUUCUCUUGUUUUGUU